UUUCUCUCAUCUGUCUCUCUUUCUCUGUCUGCUUCCUUAAUAGUACUAUUAUAUUCAUAAUCACAUUUAACAAGACCUUUCUUCUUGAUCAGCCACAAGAAAAUUAAGCUAAGAAAAAGUUUUGGUUUUCGGGGAAAGAAAUUUAAACAAAAGCUUUAAAUGCGAGUUGGUUGAUUUGUUUUUUGUUUUUCUUGUUUAUUUUUUCCUCCAUUCUCUUUUCUCUUAAGCACUAAGCAUACCCAUCCAUCUCUAUCUCCAUCUCUUUUUUUGUGUAUAUAUAAACAUUUUAUAUAUAUAUUGGUCCAUUUAAACCAAAUCUUUAAGAUCAACCAGACCCCAGCCAUAGAAAGCUUUUAUCUUUGUAUAAUUCCCGACCAAGACAAUGGAUUUUAUUGCAUACCCAUCUCUUUUUUCUUCAUCUUCUUCAUCUUCGUUUGGGAAUUUCAUUGAAAGGGUUAGAGAAGCUUGCCAUUUUGCUGUGUCUGCCAUUAUUGGGAACAUCUUCUCUGCGAUCUUCACCUUCUUCUUUGCAUUAGUGGGUACCUUGUUAGGAGCUAUGACUGGAGCUUUGAUAGGCCAAGAGACUGAAAGUGGGUUUGUUAGAGGGGCUGCUGUUGGAGCAAUAUCGGGAGCUGUUUUCUCCAUUGAAGUUUUUGAAUCUUCUCUUGUUCUUUGGCAAUCGGAUGAAUCCGGUAUUGGGUGUGUCCUCUACUUGAUUGACGUCAUAGCUAGCCUUCUAAGUGGGAGACUUGUUCGCGAAAGGAUUGGUCCGGCCAUGUUAAGUGCAGUGCAAAGUCAGAUGGGUGCUGUUGAAGCAAGCUUUGAUGAGAUCCCAAACAUUUUUGACACUGGUGGGGCUAAAGGAUUGCCUGGAGAUUCAGUUGAAAAAAUCCCAAAGAUCAUAAUUACAAGCAAUAACAAUGUAGAUGCUUCUGGAGAGAGAGUCUCUUGCUCAGUGUGCCUUCAGGACUUUCAACUCGGAGAGACGGCUAGGAGCUUGCCUCAUUGCCAUCAUAUAUUUCACCUAGCUUGCAUAGAUAAGUGGCUUCUUAGGCAUGGUUCUUGCCCACUAUGCAGAAGGGAUCUGUGACUUUACUCUUGUAAAUUAUAAACUGAAGAAAAUUUCUUUUAUUAUUUAUACAGUUCUUAACUUUUUAGGGCUUUUGCAUUUUGUUCAAUAUAUGGUUACGUUGUCACUCUUGUAGUUGGAGCCUACCACGAUGUGAGUUGGAUCGUUGUACUUAAUUAGUGAUCAUGUAUAAAAAUUUUGAGUUACAGACA